GCUCACUGCUCCUUGGACAACGCCAUUGGCAAUGGGGAAGUGCUGUACUUGAAGGGGCAACUUCGGGUUGUGACAACCUUGGCGUUUCUCGCAGUGGUUCACCAGAAGAAUGUCGACAAAGAGGUGCACUCAAGCCUCCAGCAUGUCAUGGCUCUUGGCGUCAAGCUGACUGACCGGAAGGAGGAACUGUUUUGUGGCAGCAGUUGCGGCAAAGAUUUCCUUGACGCCUUGUGUGCCUUGGCAGCUGGUCUCUUCAAUGACCUCACUGGCAUGGCUCCCCAAUUGGAAAACAUUGCCCUGGACCAGUGGUGGAAGAGAAUCCAGGAAGCUGACCCGACUGUGUUGAUGGAGCUGAACAAUGCCGUGACCACCAAGGAUGAAAAAUACACCAUUCGUGACAAUCCCAGCUUGAAGAUCUUGCUUGACACCCAUGGCAAAAGUAAAGUUGCUGAUGGAACUGCUGUCAUUGCGCAAGCAUCUGCUGUUGAUGUCUUGGAAGCAAAGCAGCAGCAAAUGGAGUCUCAGGCAUUUGAUCUUACUAUGGGGGAGCUGGAGUUUGACCUGCAAUCGUUCCGAGUCUACCAACAGAAG